AUGAAGGUCACUCUAAAGGAAUGGAAUGCCGUUGCCACUUGGCACUGGGACAUGCCCGAGGACGAGGUGUGCGGUAUCUGCCGCGUCCAGUUCGACGGCACAUGUCCGACCUGCAAAUUCCCCGGCGAUGACUGCGCCCUUUUAAUUGGCAAAUGCGGCCACUCGUUUCAUAUGCAUUGCCUCAUGACUUGGAUUCAACAAGACUCUUCAAAGGGACUGUGCCCGAUGUGUCGUCAAAAAUUCGAGUGGGUCCAAGAAGAAAAAUAG